AUGAAUUUCUCUAUCGUUCUUCUCCUUGCUUUCGCCGCCUUUGUCACUGCAGAAAGUACAACCUCAAUUUGGUUUUUCGGAAACGCAUACCUCUGGAACUCUCAUAUUCCUCGCUAUACAAGCGGCGCUGCCAGUGUUGCCGGCAUCAAUGCGGACGCUACAACAUAUCUUAUCAGCUGCCUGAGUGAUGCCCCAACUACUGACUGUCAGGUCAAGACUCCUUUCACCAUGAUCCAGGGACCUGGUACCUUCAGCUUCACCGGAGUCUAUACUGCCGAACGGACAGGUGGAUUGCAAAUCACUGCCUACAGAGACUUUGACUGCACAUUUACUGCUAGUUCUAUAUCUGCGUCCUGUUCAUUCAGUUAUUCGGCCACGGGCUCCGCCUCUGGCAUAGAAUAUGCAACCUCGACCUCGGCUACAACUUCCAAUAUCCCUUCGAAAUCUGUCACCUCGUACAAAUUGACUGUAACCGGUGGUAUCGAUUCAUUGCCUACAUCUGCAGCUACCACAACUUCCAAUGUAGCCGCAGGUCCUCUCCGACCGUUAAUUACGGCUGCACCUAUUGGAGCUGCUGCUGUUGCUGUUGCGGGGUUAUUCUAA